AUGGCAGUUGGCGCAAUCGACGGCGCCUCGUCCAUCACCGUCGCCGUUCGCGUUCGACCCUUUACGAUCCGGGAGGCUGCGCAGUUGACCCGUGUCGAUGAUGGACCCCUCUUCUUGGGCGACGGCAAUCUUGCUGCCGCGCCAGUCCGUCUUGCUGGAAAAGGCAUCCGAUCUGUCAUCAAGGUCAUGGAUGAGAAAUGCUUGAUCUUCGAUCCAGAAGACUCAUCAACCCAAGGACGAUUGCGACCCGGCAUGGGUGGGAAAAGAACAAAAGACCAGCCCUUUACCUUCGAUCGAGUCUUUGACGAGAACAUCACACAAGCCGAAGUCUACGAAGCCACGACCAAGAAUCUCCUCGACAGCGUCUUUGACGGCUACAAUGCGACCGUCUUUGCCUACGGUGCUACAGGUUGCGGAAAGACACACACCAUCACAGGUACUGCUCAGCAGCCGGGUAUCAUCUUCCUGACCAUGCAAGAAAUGUUUGAGAGGAUUGUCGAGAUGCAGGAGGAGAAGCAGACAGAAGUCACUCUUUCAUACCUCGAGAUCUACAACGAGACGAUUCGCGACCUGCUCAUUCCCAUCGGCGAGGUCACGAAGAAAGGCCAGGGCUUGAUGCUGCGCGAAGACGCCAACCAGGCUGUUUCGGUGGCAGGCCUCACGUCGCAUCGUCCGCAGAACGUCAACGAGGUCAUGGACAUGCUCAUCCGAGGAAACGAGAACCGCACUCAGUCACCUACCGAAGCCAACGCUACUUCUUCCAGAUCUCAUGCCGUCCUGCAAAUCAACGUCGCUCAGAAAGAUCGCAACGCUGGCCACUCCGAACCCACCACCUUCGCGACCCUCUCCAUCAUUGAUUUGGCUGGAUCGGAAAGAGCUUCGGCGACAAAGAACCGCGGCGAGCGCUUGCUCGAGGGCGCCAACAUCAACAAGUCAUUGCUAUCGCUAGGCUCAUGCAUCAACGCUCUGUGCGAUCCCAAGAAGAAGAACCACGUACCAUACCGCAACAGCAAACUCACCCGUCUUCUAAAGUUCAGUCUGGGCGGCAACUGCAGAACCGUCAUGAUAGUCUGCGUCAGUCCUAGCUCCGUUCACUUUGACGAAACACAAAACACCCUGCGCUACGCCAACAGAGCAAAGAAUAUCCAAACCAAAGCCGUUCGCAACGUCUAUAAUGUCGACCGCCACGUCAAGGACUAUCUCAAGAAAAUUGAUGAACAGAUGGCUCUCAUCAAGGAUCUACAAGCACAACACAAGGAGUUUGAGUCACUCGCCUUUACGAAAUUCAAGAAGGUUGACGACAAGAGAAGUGCAUUGCUGAAAGAAGCUCUGGCCAGGAUUCGUGCAGCAUACGACCAUGCAGCAGACGAGAGAAAAGAGCACAUCAACAACAUGAAGCGCUUACGACAGAUCGAACGCAGAAUCGGCAUGGUCUCCGCCUGGAUCGGUAGUUUCGACCAGAUAUGUGAGAAUCGCGAGGAUGAGGAGCCCCAGUCCAGCUUGGUAUCAAUGCGCAAAUCUGCCACAGGGGUUCUUGCCGAGCUUGAGGCGAGCAGACAACACUACCACCAGCGUCUUGCGAAAGCAAGUUGGGAGCGCUCUUUGGAUACUGCUCUCCAAAACGGCAUCCGUCAAAUGCACGAAGUUGACGCUUCCACUUCCAUGUCAUCACCUGCGAUUGCGAGCUUGAAGCAGGAAGUCGAGGUUUUGAGGAGUAGAGCAGAACGGGAAGCACAAUCGGCCGUCCUGAAUCAAGAAAAGACUGGAGACACCGCACUUGUACAAGUCUUGUUACAAGCACACUUCGAAACCAUCGCUAUUCUCGGCCAGAUUAUGCAGAUGGACGAGCAAGAGGCUGUCAAAGCAGCAAAACUCGUCCUCACAAAAUUACUCAACUCAUGUACAGAAGCAACUUCACAAGUCAUCAAGCCAGACGGCAGUCUAGCAAUCACUCAAGCAGUACCGCCGACAAGGUCAGGAACACCCAAGAAGAAGAAGGCCAUCAAUCUUGCGGGUCCUUCACCAAUAAAAGCCAAAAUGCGCCCAAGCAUGAACCCUCCACAAUUCAGACAGUCUCCUAAUCUGGGACCAUCUCCAGCAUCACCUAGGCGGAGAAAGCUGGGAGUUCCAAGAAAAUCGGUGGCUUUUAAUGGCGGUGGAACACCUAAAAAGAAGUCGCCAGUCAAGACUACAAAGCGUGGAGUAAGAUGGCGAGAUGAUACUGAAGAUGGGAAGUUGGAAGAGUUUCAGCCUACACCGCCAGGCAUAGAUUCUUCGCUUAAUGAGCCUUCUCUUCCGGAUUUAUCACAGUACGUCUUGCAAUCAAGCGACCAGUCAGACAACCUCGACUCCAGUCCCAUUCCCCCUCCGCCGGUGCCGUCGUCAGAACUACGAUCGAGAAAUAGCCGCUUCCAGGCAGGAUUCCUCAAGAAAGAGGGUGGAUCACCUGUGAUGCCAGCAUUAUCCAGUCUUGCAAAUGCGGCAUCCGAGAAUCUGUCUCCCCUGCGUGAGAUUGAAGCUAACAGCACAUUUCAACCAAAGAGAUCACCCAUACCAAUACGUCUCCAGAAGUCCGCAGAAUUUGCCAGUGACGACCAUAUAGGCAGCAGCGCAUCCGACAACGACGAUCCGACAAGAUCGCUCCAAGACUCUGCACUUCAAAUUCAAUCUGCCAUGCGAAGGCGCGUAUCCUCCGGCUCGAAUAGACAUCGCAGACGUAGUCCCGCCGCCCAAGCAAAUGGCUCACCGAAUUCAUCCAACGAGAACAAUCUCUUCACAGCAAGUCAUGCCCGCCGGAUGGUUAAGAGCGAGAAAAGCGAGGCGACUAAUGUGUUGAGUCCUCGUUCGGCCCCUGUGGUGAAGAAUGCUCAAAGCAUUUCCAAUCUCCGCGCUGUUUCAAGGGAGAGCAAUGUAGGAGGUGGAAGUAUGCGUGUGGCUCCUAUUCGUACGCAGAGUAUGGCUGCAAGGAAGGAUGUGCCCUCGGCUAAAACUGUGUGGAGGUAG